CCUGGCCGACAGACAGUCUGUGAGAGAGAGAGCCAAAAGCAAAGCAAAACCGCCGCGGUCCGGUCGUCUUGCCGUCGACCUCCGGCUCCCUCCGAUCGACUCGCUGCUCGCUAUCUAUAUACCCGCGGUCGCUCGCCUUUCCUUCCCCCAACUCACCACCACCACCACCAGACGCCCAACUUCCUCCGUCCCCCAGAUCUCGGGCUGACGCCGACGCGCACCAAACUUCCCCAAACGCCGGCCAUGGCGUUCGACGCCUUCACCGACAAGACCGCCGUAUUCCGCCGCCUCAAGGCCAAGCCCGAGAACAAGAUGUGCUUCGACUGCAACGCCAAGAACCCCACCUGGGCCUCCGUCACCUACGGCAUCUUCCUCUGCCUCGACUGCUCCGCCUUCCACCGCAGCCUCGGCGUCCACAUCACAUUCGUCAGGUCAACCAACCUGGAUUCAUGGACCCCGGAUCAGCUAAAGAUGAUGGCUUUUGGAGGCAACAAUCGUGCACAUGCUUUCUUCAAACAGCAUGGGUGGUCAGAGGGUGGCAAAGCCGAUUCCAAGUAUACAUCCAGAGCUGCUGAACUCUACAGGCAGAUACUGCAAAAGGAAGUCGCCAAGAGUUCGACUACCAACAACGUCUUGCCCUCAUCGCCUGAUGCAGUGUCUCGCCCAGCAAAUCCAGCCGAUGACUUCCCUGAUUUCAAGCUUGCAGAUGCGCCAGAAGAGAAUACCAAUGGGAAGCACGAACCUGUUGCCACUAAUACGCCAAAAGAACCGGCACCAAAAGCCCCUACCCAUCCCACUUAUGUCAGUUCCGUAAAGAAGCCCCUUGGUGCAAAGAAGAUUGGUGCCAAGACUGGAGGGCUUGGUGUAAAAAAGCUCACUACAAAGCCAAAUGAAAGCUUGUAUGACCAGAAACCUGAAGAGCCAAAACCUGCUUUGCCAACAUUGACUACUACUAAUAAAGCUGCAAAAAGCGGCCCAUCCUUACAAUCACGUUUUGAAUAUGUGGAGAAUGAGCCAUCAACUGAUUCAAAAACUGGAGGAUCUCACAUGACUGGACAUGUAGCUGUACCGAAAAGUACAAACUUCUUUCAAGAGUAUGGAAUGGAUAAUGGGUUCCAAAGAAAGACAAGCACAGCUGCCUCGAAGGCCCAGAUAGAGGAAACUGAUGAAGCAAGGAAAAAAUUCUCUAAUGCAAAAGCAAUUUCAUCAUCACAAUAUUUUGGUAAUACAGACAGAGAACAGAAGGAGGCUCAGCUAUCUCUUCAGAAGUUCUCGGGUUCUUCAUCCAUUUCAAGUGCUGAUCUGUUUGGUCGCGGCACGGAUGAUUCUGACCUGGACGUAAGUGCUGCGGACCUCAUCAACAGGAUAUCUUUCCAGGCUUCUCAAGACUUGUCUUCACUCAAGAACAUGGCUGGAGAGACCGGGAAGAAGCUGACAUCUAUAGCCUCCAAUUUCAUCACCGACCUCGACAGAAUCCUUUGAGAAGUCGAUGGGCCAAAAUUAGACAUACUGCUUUGAUCAUACUGCUUCAACCAUGGUGCAUCUGUUGGCUGUCCCAAGCAUUUCUUGCACAGCUAGGAUAGUAGAAAAAUCAUGACUAUGCAUGCAUGUGUACCAUUGCCAUUGUUGGAACCUUGUCCGCAUGGAAAUAUUUUUAUUUCUUCUCAUGACUAUAGUGAAAACACGUGAUUUUUGUAUCUAUUGCGUUUGGAUGUAUUCUUGCAACAGAUUUUUACUGUGAUGUGCUCCUCUUGAUGGGCUCUUUACUA